CACAGUUCCAGUCUGGAGAUCGGAAAGACAUGGAUUCGGUUCUCCCUUGGGCAUUUUCUGUUGCACGUUCUCCCCGUGCGUGGGUUUUUUCCGGGUAAUCCAGUUUCCUCCCAUAUUCCAAAAACAUGCAUGUUAGGUUAAUUCGUGACUCUAAAUUGUCCAUAGGUAUGAAUGUGAGUGUGAAUGGUUGAUUGUCUGUAUGUGCCCUGCGAUUGGCUGGCGACCAGUCCAGGGUGUACCCCGCCUGUCGCCCUAAAUCAGAUGGGAUUGGCUCCAGCAUACCCCCGCGACCCUAAUGAGGAGUAGUGGCAUAGAAAAUGGAUGGAUGGUAACAAUUGUCACAAACACCAGUUGAUUGAUUUCGCAGUGUUUCGUGUGAUAAAUUAGGUCAUUAGGCAUUAUGAACACUAUCACAAACACCAGCUGAUUGAUUUCGCACUGUAUCGUGUGAUAAAUUAGGUCAUUAGGCAUUAUUAGGCACAGAGUAUACAGUACAUGUAGGACAGGAGCGAUUCACGACGAAGACGGAAGGGGGCGUGGUCACGCGAUGACGUAUUUUUGUGUCAAACCGAGAAGCAAACGGUCAGAACUACAACCUGUCAACACCUCAAUUUGCACUCCACAAACGGUAAGUAUACACUUGAAGCCGUCGAAUCCUGGAUAUUCAAAGCAAAGGUCACUUCGAAGUUCGAUGAAAAGUGCUUAGAAUUGGUGUCAUUUGUGUUUUAUGUGCUAGUGUUCGCCGCAUCCCGAUGCUAGUUGCGUUAGCUUGUUAGCUAGCUAUCUUUUGGGUGUUGAGACAUGGGUUGUACAAUUGACAAAAAUGUUAGCUCGUCAGCUUUUGCGUUACAAUCCGGCGGCUCUUGGAAUUUGAUGUGGACAUGCCUCUUAAUGUAACUUGUGCAUCGUUUUGUUAAACAUGUUAUAUAUGUUUGCACGUUGUUGCCAAGCUAGCAAAGCCUAAUAUUAUUUACUAAUAUGAUACUGUAAUGUGUCAGUGGCACCUCUGUCAUAAUAAUCAAUAUAUUUUCAUCUUUCCUGGCCUUGUUGUAUUUCUACAUUAGAGCAAAUAAUAUACAUAAGAAAACUGAUCUCAUUCAUUGAGGCUGAUAGCAUGAGCAUUCUUUCCAAUGUCAUCAAGUUCAAAUGUAAUGCAGCGUGGAAUCUAAAAUAAUGUUAUUGUUGCUGAUGCUGCUGUUAUUUGCUGAACUAAUGUUAUUUGUCCUACUUUUUUCUUACUGUGUAAUAUCGACAAAGAGGCAUCAAUGUAUAAACCAUCAAGACACAAAAAUAAGAUGGUUUGUAUGUGUUUUUGGCCUUAAUGACACUAAUAACAGCUGCAGCAGAUAUCAGUAUUGAUGAUGGUUUAUCAUGCACCACCACACAUGUAGACUGUCGUCUUAGUAAAUGGUGGUAGAAUCAGUGUUUUAAAAAAAUAAAUUACAUUCAUGUGUUUUUCCUAACUAAUAUUUAUUGAACACUGUCACAGUGUCACCCGUGUAUGGGUGCCAUGGUCCUCAGUUACACAUGAGCUCUACUAUGUGGUACAUCAUGCAAAGCAUUCAAAGUAAAUACUCCUUGUCUGAGCGGCUCAUCCGCACCAUCGCAGCCAUCCGCUCGUUUCCGCAUGACAACGUGGAGGAUCUCAUCCGCAAGGGUGCUGAUGUAAACCGGAUGCAUGGCACACUGAAGCCCUUACACUGCGCCUGCAUGGUUGCUGAUGCUGACUGUGUGGAACUGCUGUUGGAGAAGGGAGCAGAGGUGAAUGCUCUGGAUGGCUAUAACCGCACUGCACUCCACUAUGCAGCAGAGAAAGAUGAGAGCUGUGUGGAGCUACUGUUAGAGUAUGGGGCUCAACCCAAUGCACUGGACGGCAACAAGGACACUCCACUUCACUGGGCCGCCUUCAAAGAUAACCCAGAGUGUGUAAGAGCGCUGCUCGACAGCGGGGCAUGCCCCAAUGCUCGGGACUACAACAACGACACACCUUUGAGUUGGGCUGCCAUGAAAGGCAACCUGGAAAGUGUGAAAGUGCUGUUAGACUACGGAGCCCAGGUGCAUGUGACCAACCUUAAGGGUCAGACCCCCAUUUCCCGACUUGUGGCCCUCUUGGCCCGGGGCCUGGGCACUGAACAAGAAGAGGAAUGUUUGGAACUGCUGUGUAGGGCGGCAGGCCACUUUGAGAUCCGAAGAGCUGACGGCACGCUUCCGAGGGAGCUGAGUAAGGAUCCCCAGCUGCUGGCGAGGCUCACCAACAUGGUGGCUCAGGCACCCACACUUCGCUCUCUGGCGCGCUGUGCUGUGCGGCAGAGUCUGGGGGUGCAGUUCCUCCCCACUGCUGUGAAGGAGCUUCCUUUACCAGAGACCAUCAAGGAAUAUCUCCUUCUGAGAGACUGAGCAGAGGCUAAUUAUUAUGAUUAGAUAGCAUUUGAUGGCAGAGGUUUUUGACACACUCUGACACUACUUUUCAUUACAUUAUGGCAUUAGAUGACACUUUGUGCAAAGUAACUUUUUAAUUAAAAAUGUCCCUAAUCUGGAAUCCUGCAGUUGCUUAGUUAGCAUCACAUGAGCACGCCAGCACCAGGACUUGAACAUAUUAUUGCAUACAACAUAUUCAAUGUAGGCACCUUUUAACUCCAUGCACCGAGAGAAUCCUGAAUACUUUACUUGGUGCACUUGAAACACCUUUCAUGGUUGCUUUCAGUGAACAAACCUGUGUGCGCUCAUCCAACACAUGCAUAAAGAGCCUAAAUGUAUUAUAUUUUGUCACCGUACACAAGUAAUAUCUUGGUUGUGCCAAAUGAAAAUGUGGUUUUAGCUGAAGAAUGAGUGCUUGUGGAUGUCUGAGAAAAAGUGAAGCCAGGGAUCAUCUAAUGUCAAUGUCUUUUACACUACAAAGGUCAAAAGAAAAAUGGCAAAUGAGAACAGUUUUGUUAUUUUCAAGCACCAAAUGUUGGGUUUGAGGCUUGAUAGCAUGACAACUUGCCUGCUGUUCUGUUUGUGUUACCUUGGGCUUCACCUUAAUUAAGCAAGGGUGCAGUUGCCAUAGAGGAAUGAAUGAGUUUAUUCCCCAUCAUUCACUUUAAACUCAGUUAAUUAUUUAAAAAUGAAUUCAUUUAAAUACAAGACAAAAACUGAGUUACUGAUAUUUUUAAUUUUCUAUCAGUAUGCUUUGUACCAUGUAUCUAAGUGUGUUUGUGUAAAAAACGUGCUUUGUGUUGUGCUGCAGAUGUAUAAACUAAUGCAUCUUGUUUACGCCUGCAAAAUUGCUUUUUUUGUCGCUUUUAUGAACGUAACGGCCUUCGUAAUCCAUGCAGUUCUUCCCUCCAUUCUCCAACUGGAUGCAACAAAUCAUAAAUAAUGAAACAAGUAUGUUGAAAGCCCAUCAGAGUUGUCUUCACUGGAAAAAAUGCACAAUGUAAAUUUUAUACCAUAGACACUUGCCUUCUACAGCUUGGGAACUUACACUUUUGGUCCUGGACAGGUGCUGACUAUUUUCCUGAAAUCAAUAAUUAGUUAUAUGGCGCAAAUAAGUGUACAUUGCUCUUACUAUAAUGCCCUAGAAUGGGUGGUAUACGCCAACAGCGGAACAGUCACAGUUGACCCUUAAAAAGCCACCCUAUUAACUUUUCACUUGCAGGACAUGUUUUGGUUCCCACAGAGGCUGAAGUGGUGACAAAACCAGUGUUGCCAAAACAACUUUGUGCAUUGUAUGUCAGCUUUUCUUCAUGCAUCUUGUGUGUUCCCAAACAGUUGUGAUUGGCAAUGACGGAAAUGUUUUAUGUUAUGUGAAUGUAACACUAUUUUCCUGCAAGAAAGGUGCACAUGGUGUACUUGGAAGCUCCAGGCCAAGAGCCUGUCCAUUAGCAGAUAACACGUCCUGCUCAUUUCCAGAGUGCUCCUUUUCCUCCUCUGGAUUACAUUUAUUUUAUUGAUGCAUAUUCAAUGUCAUUGCAGCACCUCUUUAAGAUAUGCCCAUGAAAUACUAGAAGCAAGAUUGUUUUUUGUUACUUAUUGCAGUAUUUUGCUUCUCUGAUAUUUAUUUUAUGUCUGCUUUAUAAAUAUAAUUGCAGCACGUCUUUACGAAAUGCCUAUAAAACACUAAAAGCAAU